CCAUGAGCUGAUUCGCUACAUUCAUGUGGUUCAUUAGCAGUGAAUGUCCAGCUCUGUCUGUGCUCCAGGAUCAGUCUCUCGGCGGCUGGGUGUUGAGGAAGAGUGAAGCAGAGGCUCCUGACAUCGUUUUUCAGAUCCCCUCGCCGUGUGUGCUGCGCGCCGGACAGACGCUGACGAUCUGGGCCGCGGGGUCAGCGACGGAGCUGGUGCCUCGGGGGGAUCUGGUGCUCAGGACCCAUGAGACCUGGGGCCCGUUUGGGGAGGUGCGCGUCUCCCUGCUGAACCCGCAGAACGAGGUGAUUUCCAAUUAUAGCAGUUCACGUGUGUCUGUUCCUAACUCAAU